UCCACUGUUUUCCCUCUGUUUUUCCAAAGGUUCCCACCCCCUGGUGAUUGACACCACGCAUCGGUCCGCUGUUGUUUCGUGGGUGAGAGUUUUUUAGAGAGUGACCAAAGGGAACGUGCUGCGACGGAGAUCGUGCAGCGACGGAGAUCGAGAAUCGAGGCAAAACACCAUCUGUCCACCGCUGCAUUCACCUGGCGAUGGAGAGCGAUAAGAUGGAAAUCUAUGAAACGCUGAUCCGGUGGCUGAGCGAGCUGAACCUGUCCGCCCCGCACGAAACGGUGCAGGAGCUGUGCGACGGGGUAGCGCUGGCGCAGGCCCUCAACCAGAUCGCCCCGGAAGUGUUUAGCGAUGGAUGGUUGGCCAAGAUCAAAGCCGAUGUCGGAGCAAACUGGCGGCUGAAGGUGAGCAAUCUGCGGAAGAUCGUCGAAGGUGUCUACGUGUACUAUCAGGACGAGCUGAGCUUGCACCUGUCCGAGGAACUACGGCCAGAUGUGCUUAAGAUUGCGGAGAAAUGCGAUGCGUACGAACUGGGCCGACUGCUGCAGCUCAUCCUUGGCUGCGCCGUGAACUGUCUCGAGAAGCAAAAGUACAUCACACAGAUCAUGGAGCUGGAGGAAUCGCUGCAGCGUAACAUUAUGGCCGCCCUGCAGGAUAUCGAGUACAUCUGGCAGGGUGCCUCACCGUCCCGGAACUCUAUCAACACGAUGGGAAGCACGACGGGUAGCACAGCGGCAUCGACGACCGUCGGUUCCAGCGCUAUCGGUGCCGAUGUGCGAACGCUGCAAGACGAUCGUGACACACUGGCUCAAAAGUGUCACGAAACCAACAAAAAGAUGCUCGUGCUGAUCGAGGAGAAAUCGGCCCUCCAGCAAGAGGUCACUCGACUGCAGGCCUUAGUGGGACGUUACGAGAACCCAAACUUGAUCGGUGACGACGGGACUUCGCUCGGACCGAUUCAGCUCGGUUCUUCGCGUUACAACGAUCUCCGGAAGCUGGUCGAUGGUCUGAAGGAUGAGCUGCUACAGGCGGAAACGGCACGGGAUGAUUUGAAGAUGAAAUCCAUGAUCCAAGAGAAGGAAAUCAUAGAGCUGCACCAGAAGCUGGACGAACUGCACGGUGCAACGGCCGAGAUCGCGCAGUUAAAGGAUGAAAUUGACAUCCUAAAGGAAGGGAACGAGCAGCUGCGCGUUUGUGAGACACAGCUCACGACGUACAAGAAGAAGCUGGAGGAUUACAACGAUCUCCGGAAGCAGAUCAAGCUGCAGGAGGAGCGCAGUGCCGAGUACCUGAAGCAGAACCUGCAGUACGAAGAGGAAGCCAAGAAGUACGCCGGUCUGAAGGGACAGGUGGAGCUGUACAAGAAGGAGAUCCAGGAUCUGCACAGCAAGCUGGACGACGAGAUGGGCCGUACGGUAAAGGCCGAGUUCGAGUGCAAGCAGCUGCAGGGUGAACUGACGGUGAUUCAGCGCGAAAAAGAGCAUCUACUGAGCGAGCGGGACUCGCUGCGGGAAGCGUUCGAUGAGCUCAAGUGUGGCCAAGCCAUGGGUGCCGACGGAACGGACGGUGUCGGUGGCCGUGGUACAACCAUGUCAAAGGAGCUCCAUUCGAACGAUCUGCACGAACGAAUCGAACGUUUGGAGCGUGAAAACAAAGCCCUUCGUGAGGGACAAGGUGGCCAAACGGCACUUACGCAAUUGCUAGACGAUGCGAAUCAACGCAACGAGAAGCUCCGGGAACAGCUGAAGACGGCGAACCAGAAAAUCCUAGUUCUCAGUCAGCACCACACGGAUGUAACGAGCUCAAAGAGUGAACUGGAGCUUCAUCUGAAGCCAACGAUGGAUAUCAGUGAACAGCGCACACCGCAGAUGGAUGAGGGACUGCAGUUGCAGCUCGGUAGUUUGCAGACAAAGAUCGCCAACCUGGAGGCUGCACUGGUGGCCAAGGAUCAGGAGCUGCAUGCAGCCGAUAUGCGCUACAAAAAGUGUGUCGAAAAGGCGAAGGAAGUGAUCAAAACACUCGAUCCGCAUGCAAUCAACGAAGCAAUGUUGCUCGAUAAAGCACAUCUUGUGAACGAUCCAGCAAAUAGUGGACCAGGAGGACCAGGGGUAGCGGACGGUAUAAUGGGUCAGACCCCUGCCGUGACCGUACGUCCACCGAUGGGACAGCAAGAGGAACAACUCAUUGCGACCGCUUUCUAUCGGCUCGGUAUGGCGUGCCACCGGGAAGCUGUCGAUGCUCGGUUACUGAGUGGCCCGGGACAGAGCUUCCUUGCCCGGCAGCGCCAACCGACUGCCCGGAAACCGAUGAACGCAAACUUCCCCAAAAAGUGAGGCGAAGCGACAGCAGCAACAAUCACUCAAAUGACCGCAACGUGCCUUACGCUAGCCGAGCGGAGUUUGCGUAUGGGAGGGGACAUCUAGCGUGAGGGGGUCCCCGUUGUUUUGUGCUUCUGUUGCCCGUCCUUCUCGAGCUUUGAUCAUCAUUAUUGUGUAUUUAUAUUUAUUUUACACACCAGACAUAGCUUGUAAGAUUAAGAUGACCGUGGUACUGCUCCUUUAACCCCCCUAAAAGUGUAGUAAACGAAAGAAUAUACAACGUUUGACCAAAAAAAUCUGUA